AUGCCGCUCAUCGCAAGCAUCCAAGCGAUCCUGACGGGCAACUGCCCUUUCAAGAAAGCAAAGCCAGUCCGCAUUGAGAAUGUCGCGAUCAUCGGAGCCGGCCUUUCGGGUCUGAUUCUCGCCCUCGCCCUUCACCAGCAGUCGAUCCCGUGCACCAUCUACGAGGCCCGCUCCGCUCCGUUGAACAUUGGCGGAGCCAUCAUGCUCUCCCCCAAUGCGCUGCGCAUCCUCGACCUGCUUGGCGUGUACGAGCGCAUCCGCUACGAGGGCUACGACUUUGACAAGCUCUACUUCCGCUCGCCAGCCGACCAGCCCUUUGACGAGUACGAGUUUGGCGACGAGGAAAAGUACUCAUACCGGGGCAUGCGCAUCUACCGACACGUGCUCAUCCGCGAGCUCUCCGCCAUGGUUGCCGAGGCCAACAUCCCCAUCCACUACGACAAAAAAUUUGUCCGCGUCGUGUCCGAGACCGAGACCGAUGUCACCUGGGAGUUCGACGACGGCACCACCAUCACCGCCACUUGUCUCGUCGGCGCGGACGGCAUCCACUCCAAGGUCCGCAAGUACCUGUACCCUGAGCUCGAGCCGAAAUUCACCAAUGCCAUGGGUGUGACGGCUGCGGUGCCCACAAAGCAGCUGCAUGUGCCCGAGGGAUACGACCUACCCGUGACAAUCAUGAACAGGCAGCACGGAGCAUUCGUCAUUGCGCCCCAGCAACAGGAUGGCUCGGAGGUGCUGAUUGGUCGUCAGAAGCGGGCGCCCGAGCUGGACUGCGAGGGAUGGAACCAGCUGAUGAACGACAAGGAGUGGUGCAUCGACUUUUUACGCCAGGGCGCCAGCGACUUCCCGGAGAUUGUGCAGUGGGCUGUGUCAGAGAUCUCGCCGGAGAAGAUUAACCUGUGGCCGUUCUAUGUAGUUCCUAAGCUGGACAAGUGGAGCUCCACCCACGGCCGGGUGGUGAUCCUGGGUGACGCGGCACAUGCAAUCCCACCUUCGGCCGGACAGGGUAUCAACCAGGCCUUUGAAGACGUGUACACCUACGCUCUGAUCGUGGCCAAGUGCGACAAGGACUUUCUCGAGAAGGCGCUGAAGAUCUGGCAGCAAGGACGCCAGGAACGGGUGGACAAAGUGCUGGCGUUGAACGCGCAGAUUGACAAGCGCCGGAUGCCCAAGCCGGCUGGUCAGGAACAUGCAGAGGAUGACAAACCGUUUGAGCUGGAGUGGUUGUACAAGUCUGACUUUAAUGAGAUGGUGGACGAGUGGCUUCGCAAGGAUGCCCAAUAG